CUGGCCUGUGUCCUCACCCACCGGCGGCCCGCGGCCCGAGCGACCGCGCCGGCAUGAGGUUCCGCGCCAAGAUCGUGGACGCGGCCUGUCUGAACCACUUCACCCGCGUCUGCAACAUGGUAGCCAAGCUGGCCAAGGCGUGCACCCUGCGCGUCAGCCCCGACAAGCUCAACUUCAUCGUCUCGGACAAGCUGGCGGGCGGCGGCGUGAGCCUGUGGUGCGAGCUGGAGCAGGAAAACUUCUUCAGUGAGUUUCAAAUGGAGGGCCCCUCAGCGGAGAACAAUGAAAUCUACUUGGAGCUGGUCACGGAGAACCUGGCCCGGGCCUUGAGGACAGCCCAGAACGCCAGGGCCUUGAAAAUCAAGCUGACGCACAAGCGUUUCCCAGGCCUCACGGUGUCGGUGGAGCUGCAGUUGUCUGCGUCAAGCAGCAGUCGCAUCGUGACACAUGACAUCCCCAUCAAGGUGAUUCCCAGGAGGCUGUGGAAGGACCUGCAGGAGCCCUCCGUCCCGGACUCUGACGUCAGCAUUUACUUACCCGUCCUGAAGACCAUGCGCAGCGUGGUGGAAAAGAUGAGAAACAUCAGCAACCACCUGGUCAUUGAAGCAAACCUCAGUGGAGAACUCAACUUGAAGAUCGAAACUGAGGUGGUGUGUGUCACAACUCACUUCAAGGACCUCGGGAAUCCCCCAGGGGCCUCUCAAGACAGAAGCCUGGAGGAAAUGGCUGAGGUGCACAUAGACAUCAAGAAGCUUCUGCAGCUGCUUGCCGGGCAGCAGGUGAACCCCACGAAGGCCUUGUGCAAUAUUGUGAAUAACAGAAUUGUCCAUUUUGAUUUGCUAUAUGAAGACGUCUCCCUCCAGUAUUUCAUCCCGGCCUUGUCCUAGUCGCCCCUCACCCUGCGGCGUAGAGACCUUUGCGGUGAGCCGAGGUCGUGGGCUGGAGGUCCUGAGCCGUUGGUCCGCAGCGUCCGCAGGUCUGCACGGCUUCCUCUCCCCGCUGUGGUUAGUGGGAUGGACGAGGUGCAGUUGAGUAACUGCUGCUUCACGUUGCCCAUGUCACGGCUCACCUUCAACUCCUGGAAGAAAGCUGGGUUAAUCCAGACUUGAAGGAGCAGUUUCUGGUGAUGCCAUGGAGGAGUCGCAACUGGAAAGUGUGGCCUGGACUCCAGCUUAGCACGCGGUGGGCAGGGCACAGGGGUCAGCGCGCUGGCCUGCCCAUGCUGCUGCCCUGUGGUGCCAGGCAGGGGGUGUACAGGCAUGGCACCUGGGUCUGCCGCGCUGAGGACUCCCCUCCUGCUGCUUGGGCAGCAGCACCUGUGGGCCUCAGGCCCUGCCCCUCAGUUUCUCCCUGUGGAUGCUGUUGGCCGUGGGCACAGUCACGUGGUCCCUCCCUGUGUAAGCAGCCUCUGUGGGCGUGACAGUGCACCUGUUGUGUGGCUGAGUGAGGUUAUCUGCCCUGGAAUGCACGUGGGAGCUAAGCCCUAAAGUCUCAUGCCAGUCAUCUAAAGAAGGUGGAGUUCAGCCUGACGAUGGGCAUAGGGUGGGGCCGUGGCACGAGAUGGGAGGAGACCUGGGGGCGUCGCUGGAGGUUGCGUCCACACCAGCUCGUGUCCCUGCCAUCUCGGAAUGCUGCUAGCAAGGACAGCCUCAGCUCGUGAGGCCCUGGGCCUGCGCCUUCAGAACCAGAAGCCAUAGUCAACCUCGCCGAGUUCACGUACCUCAGCCUGAACACCUCGGCUCUGGCAGAGGCCAGCCCCCGUGAGGACUCGGCACUGUGAGCAGAGCCCUGUACCUCAUGCAGUCCGGUACUCGUGUGUCCCGCGAGCGGUGUCACAGCACCCUGUUUGAAGUGUCAUCUUAACAUCACUUCAGAGAUCAAGUUGUUGCCUUGAGGUGAAGAAAUGGAAAACCACAAAAAAUGGCAAUUUCUCUUUUUUCCCCCUAAUUAUUUGGCAACACCAGUGUAUUGAGUGAUUCUUCGGAUGUUGGCAGUGCUGGUUUGAGUGGAGUGCCACGUCACGUUCAGUGAUGUUUAAGAUCAAGGACCUGGUUACCCUCUGGAAAGCCUGUCUCCCUUCCUUGGCUUAGAAUAGUUGCAGUUUUACCUAAAUGCUGUGAAAAUGAUUUAAUCACGCAGAAUGAAAUGAUGAAAAUGGUUUUAUGAAGCUUGUGUUUCUGUUACUGCAAGUGUCUUCCUGGCAGUCACUGCAGGGCGCUCCCUCGGCUGGUUCGGACCCUGGGUGGCUUGCGGCUCCCCGCUCUGGAGUGUGAUCUGUCAAGGCUGG